AGAGAAACAGUGGCGCAGGUAGAUGAACAAGUGUCUGGCUGAACGUGUUACAUCAUACUUUUAGCUGCUGAAAGUUGUCAAGAGUGAGAACCGACGAAUCUUGAAAACGGAGCACACUAAACCACGCACAACUUUUUUGGAAGACUCAAGCCUCUUGAUAUUUUCAAGUUCAGCUUUGAUCUACUGAAGAUGGCAGGGACAAAAAUUACUAUUCUGUAUGGCAGUGAAACCGGAACUGCUCACGAUAUUGCAGAACAAAUUUGGAAGCGCUCCAAAAGAACUGGACUAAAAAGUAGCGUUGAUGCCAUGGAUGAAUACAAUAUACGAAACCUUAUCAAUGAGCAAAUGAUGAUUUUUGUAGUAUCUACUGCUGGUCAAGGAGAUACUCCUCUUAACAUGAAACAGUUUUGGAAAUGUCUGCUACGCAAAAGUCUUCCCGUGGAUUUUUUAAGCAAUCUCAAAUUCUCUGUACUAGGAUUAGGGGACAGCUCGUUUGAAAAAUUCAACUUUGCUGCUAAGAAAUUGAACAAGAGGUUAAUACAACUUGGUGCAACUGAGUUGGUACCUAUUGGACUGGCAGAUGAUCAGCAUGACUUGGGAAUAGAUGCUGUUUUUAGCCCUUGGCUGGAGGAUGUAUUCAAUAAUGUGUGCCAUGAAUUUAAUGUUCCUAAAGGUAGUAUACUUUCAGAGCAUGAGAUAAUUGAAAGAUUCAGAGUAGACAUUAUCAGGGAUCAAAAACCAGACAACUCCAUAACAGAUAUUUAUCUGUACGAAGCAGAAAAAAAUAAAACACUGAUUACUAGUACUAUUAUAGAAAAUAUCAGAACCACUGCCUCUGAUCAUUUUCAAGAUGUAAGACUGAUCAAGUUUAAGGUACCAGAAGUGGACUAUUCACCUGGAGAUAUAGUGUAUAUAAAAGCAAAAAAUUCUGAUGAACAAGUAGACAAAUUUUUCGAUGUUUUAAACAAAAACGGCGUUGAUGUACAUCCUGAUAUGCUAAUACAAGUAUCAGAAAAAGAAAUAAAGCUGCCAACUGUCUUGGAACCAAAGUUAACACUCAAACAAAUAGUGCAGCAAUAUUGGGACUUGAACAACAAGCCCAAAAGAUCAACAUUGCAUACUCUAUCACUGAUCAGUGAGAAUGAAUUGGAAAAAGAGAAAUUAAUUGAAUUCAUAACAGCAGCUGGCCAAGAGGAUCUUUUCAACUAUAUCAACAGGCCAAGAAGAAAUAUUAUUGAGGUUUUGAAUGAUUUCCCCCAUACAACAAAUAAACUAAAUGUGAAAUUACUCUUUGAAAUCAUGACUCCAGUAAAACCAAGAGCAUUUAGUAUUGCAUCUAGUUCAAAACAGACCAAGAAUGAAGUGCACUUAUUGGUAGCUGUAGUUCGUUACAAAACAAAACUAGUGGACACCAGGUAUGGACUCUGCUCAAAUUGGUUGGCCACUUUGAAGUCUAAUGAGAAAGCUGUAUUUUGGAUUCAAAAAGGAACUUUCAAAUUUGAUUACGAGAAACCAAUGAUUUUGGUUGGACCAGGAACUGGAAUAGCACCCUUCAGGUCUUUGCUGUUGGACAAAGCAGCAAAGGAUGGAGAUCUGAGUUCCUGUCUGGUUUUCUUUGGUUGCCGAAACGAGAAGAAAGAUUAUCAUUGUGAAGACGAUUUUCGACUGCUAACUGCUAAAUACGGCUUGAAAUUAUUCUGUGCCUUUUCCAGAGAUCAACCUGAUAAAAUAUAUGUACAACAUCUUAUAAGGCAGCAAAAGGAACUUUGCUGGAGUUUUCUUCAAAACAGUGGAAACAUUUAUCUGGCUGGAACAGAACCAGUUCGUCUGUCGCCCGGUUGGGAAGGUACCGGCAGGCCCGACGACGAGCUCAAUUUCAAAGGCGUCACUAUGGACCAGGCGGACCUCGAGCUCAACCCUCCCAGGGAUAGAUUGAACAUCGUAUGGCUGAUAAUGAUACUGCACGGAAUUGGCGCUCUGACCUCUUGGAACAUGUUUAUAACGGCGAAGGGCUACUUCGUCGAUUACAAGCUAUCGAAAGAUUACACCAAUGAGGAUUUGUACUAUUCUCAGUCAUUUUUAUCUUACAUGACUCUUUUCUCGCAAAUCCCGAAUUUGUUGUUCAACUGGAUGAACAUAUUUUUACCUCUAGGAGGUAACCUGACGACCCGUAUUGUAUGGGGACUCUUUAUCCAAGUCAUUGUGUUCAUAAUCACCAUCAUCUUGGCCAUGAUGGACACGAGCAAAUGGCCAGGAAUCUUCGCCAUAGCAACGCUCAUCUCCGUCGUUGUUUUAAACACUGCGAACGGCAUCUACCAAAACUCGGUAUUCGGCUUGGCUGCAAAACUACCCGGCAAAUACACUGGCGCCGUUGUUUUGGGCUCGAAUAUCAGUGGAACCUUCACCGCAGUCAUCAGCCUCUGCGCCAAGUAUUUCGCCCCGAACGUGAGGACAUCCGCGAUCUACUACUUUAUCACGGCGCUUUUCGUACUUUUAGCCUGUUUUGACACAUAUUUCGCGCUUCCCAUCAAUCGUUUCUACCGUUACCACGAGUACCUCAACCAGAAAGAAGCGAACAAGAAAAAACUCGAGUACAGCUCAAACAGGUCUGGCUCGUCCAAGUUCCGGGAACUGUGGGAGGCGUUCAAGCAGUGCUGGCCGCAAUGUUUCAAUGUCUGGUUCGUCUUCUUCGUUACCCUCUCCCUAUUCCCCAACCUGCAGGUCAACAUCAAACGUUCGGAUCCGAAUUUCAUCGUCCCGGAAGCUUACUACGACAACAUCAUGUGCUUCUUGAGCUUUAACAUCACCGCUAUGCUUGGCAGCUCUCUCGCGUCAUGGUUCCAAUGGCCUAGCAAAAGAUUUGUCAUCAUACCAAUUCUGCUUCGAGCCGCCUUCAUACCACUGUAUUUCGUUUGUAAAUAUGUGCCCGACAAAAUUACUGCCGACCAACGCUCAUUCAUAUUGAUUGAAAACGACUGGAUCUAUCUAGUUAUUGGAUUACUAAUGGGUCUCACCAGUGGUUACUUUUCAUCCGUUGCCAUGAUGUAUUGUUCCAAUACGGUGGAGCCUCGGCACGCUUCGAACGCGGGAAUGUUUGGGGCGGCUUUCCUCAUCACCGGUAUUCUCUCCGGCAUUGGCUUCUCGAUGCUGAUGCCUUGGUUCGUCUCGAUCAUCGGUUAAUUUGUAACAAGUGUCUCAAGUCCAUGUACAGAUCUCAAGUAGCAGAGAUGACGGAUUGGGAGCCACCCAAUUUGUCUCUGUGCAACCUCACUGAACCACGAGCUUCAAGAAAGAGUGAAAAAAUACAACUUGUUCUCUUAUAACGUCGUUAUUUUUUAAAGUUUUAGAUGAAUUGAGCGCGAAAAAGGUACAGCGAUCGAAAAUGUAUCUCUAUCAAUCGUAGUACAUAAUAUGUACAGGCAGUAACUAGAAUUAACUCGGGGCUUAUAACAGGUUGACCGGACUCAUUUGUUGAAGUUAGUAAUUGUUGAAUGAUAAUGCAGACUGUUUCAAGUCUGAUCAUUUUGAGUCUUUGCUGGAUUUCAACUACAUGAUAAUAUAUACUUACUAUGUAAAAUAAAAGACUCAUUGAUGAAAGUCUGUACGGAAGACAAUGGGCAUUUUGUUGUAGGGUUAAGGGGCAACUAAUAGAUACUGAGCACACGUUUUUAUUCAAUGAAUUUAAUCGCAUAACUUUGUGCUUCCGUACAGAUUUUUACUUAUAGAAUGAGAGAAAAAAACGCUUUUACUCGAUAAACAUUACAGCAGCUGGACCAAAAAGCCUUAUAAACGUUAAAUGGAGAAAGGACCAGCGAUGUUAAUGACAAAAUAAAUCUUAGAAAUACAGCCGCUUGUUAAGCACAUGUGUAUGUAUAUUGCGGUAUAUAGCCAAUCAGUGAAAAGAUUUGUAACAACUUUUGUAAUCCCGAUUCGUCAAACACUUUUUAACGGAAAACGGAUUUUCAAUACAGCGCUGCCAUAAUUUUUUAACGCGUUUCGUUCGGAGCAAAGCAAGGAAUUUUAUGAAGCAAUUCUUAUUGUUGUAAUACAUUUUUAUACCGUCGUUUUUAUCUUUAUACGUAUGUAUACAUGAAUAUAUUAUUAUUAAUUAUGUUAAACUGUUUGCGGUGCCCCUCGGAUCGCAAAAUAUAGUACAAGUGCGCGACAUAAUAAUUCUUUUUAAAUUUGGAGCAUCGCUGCAUAGGAACUUUUCCACUUUUCCAUUAAACAAAUUGAAAAGAGUUAACGUAUAUAUUGUACACGCGUAUUUAUCUAAUCGAAGAAACUUCUCUUUGACAAUCAUGUUGAAACAUUUUUUCUGUAGUAAGUAAGUAUAAUGUGUUUCCUAUGAGUGUCUAGUUUUAAUUUUUAACGUAACCGCUUAUUGUACCGAAUAAUUUUUUAAAACAUAUUAUUUAUCUAAUCCAUUUUUUAAAAUUGUAUUUCUUUUGCCUUGUAUUUCUACCGUUUUCCUCUGCUGCAUUUGCAUACAGAUCGAAUAACAGCACUAAUUUUUAUACUAUUUCCUCUAAUUCAUUGAUAAAACUAACUCCACUAGAGAUAAAUAUCAAAAACUUUUCUAUGCAUUUUUCAUACAUUCAUAUCAUGCAUACUCUACCAUUUUUCAAACUAAAUAUACAAUUAAUCUAUCUCUUGAUCAUACGACAAACUAUUGGCUUUUUAAAAUACGUAUUUAUUUCAUUAUUCUUGAUUUAAGCUAUCGUACAUCCACGAUUUACAUUUUAGACCUACAUUUAAAUAUAGAUAGAACAAAUAAUUACGCGUAAACCGCAAUUUGAAACUGUUUUAUUUGUUUCAUCUCGCUAUAAACAUUGUACUCCAAUAAAAUUUAGUCCAAUAUCCUUGUAGACGGAUAAACCUCCUGAAAUAAGCAAUGCAGACAAUAAAUUCUGGAAUGAACAGGAAAACAUAAAAAUUUAAUUCGAUCCGAUCUAUUAAAUAAAGCGUCGAACUAUAAUAUUUAGAAUAGAUGGAAUAUUUUUAUAUGUCGUUCAACCACAAAAUGUGUGUUCCAUUUUUUUAUUUUUUUUUAUUACAUAAGAAAUCGAAAAUGGAAAAUAACGAGAAUAUCAUUGUUAAGGCACAUUGCGCAUAUCUAUCGUGUUUAAAAUUAGCUACAGAUCAAGAAAAAAAGCUAUACUCAUGUCUUUGUAAACGCAAUUUCAUGCCGUACUAAUAAAAUAAUAACUAUUUUAUUAGAACAAAUACGCAUGUAACAUAUGGAAGUUUCAUGCCGUUUCCAUACCUUCUAGCGGAUAAUGGCGUUAAAUAAAUGAUUAUAAAAAAUCUUUAACAAA